CGACACAAACAGAUUCUCUACUCGCAGACUCUGACAAGAUACAAACUUCAUGAUGUUUCCUCUGAGCCUCCUCCAGUCCUCACACAGCCCCCUGUGUACCUGCAGUGAGUCUGCACUCACACUCUGGCCGGCUACACGGCUGAUCUAUGGCCAGCUGGAAGAUGACGUGCUGAGCUUGAGGAACGAUAUGGACAGAAGAAUGCAGCGUGUGAAUCAGACUUAUCAGCUGCUCUCUCAGGACAUAGAGAUGAGAAGGAGAAUGGAACAGAGCAGACAAUCUGCAGCUAGAGAAGCUCAGACCAUCUCUACAAGAAGAGACAAAGAUGGGAAUAAAAACUUUGCUCUCACCCUGGAUGUGAGUAAUUUCUCUCCUGAUGAACUGACAGUGAAAACAGAAGGAAGGAGACUGAUUGUAAUGGGGAAACGUGACAAGAAAUCUGACUCAGGGGAUGGAAGUUUCUUCCAUGAAUACAGAGAGUGGAAGAGAGAAACGGAGCUCCCUGAAGAUGUGAAUCCUGAGGACGUGUUGUGCUCCCUGUCCAAGGAUGGGCAGCUCCACAUACAGGCUCCUCGCCUAGCGCUGACAGCUGCAAAAGAGAGACCGAUUCCCAUCACCUUGUGCCAAGCGCCAGAAGAUGCGCAGCAAACCCCAGCUGUGACCCAAAACAGUAGCUCUGAGGAAGGACAAGAAAAUAUACAGAAUGUAAAUUCUGUGAUAUGAAAGAUAAUGUGUAUUUUUGAUAAUACCUUUGUGGACGCUUA